AUGCCCCCGGUCGAGGUGGGCUCGAUCAUGUCAACACCAUUUCCGUCCUUCAUGUCAGUUGUUGGAAAGCCCGAUACAAGCAUCUUGAAGGCGAUGGAAGAGUUGACGGCCGCUUCGGAGACAAUACCUGAGAGUGACACCCAAAUCCUCGUCACCGACGCAAAUCCUCUUCCUGCAGACUCGACCGUGCCGCACUCUGCUCUCUGCUUACACCAUCGCGACAGCGUCACCUCCAUGACGUCCGCCUCUACAGAAUCCUCACCUACAACCACCAACUCAACCUUCGAUUCUCCCUUGAUCACAGACUCUUCUCCCUCUUCGUCGCCCGAAUCAGCCUCCUCAAACGCUCCCGUAUCCCCUUUCCGAAACAUAAUGGUUGGACCCUCAACAGAACACUCGGGCAACCUUGAACAGCAAUCAGUACCGACAAUCAGAGAAAACGCGAACGGCCUGCCAAUGAAGCCUGCCUUGGUUCCAGAGCUCCCCAAGAAUGUCAAGAACCUGUCGCUAAAUAUGAGCGCGGUGGUGCUACCCCGCCCUUCGACUGCACAUGGAUUCGAAUCCCAUGCAUUCUCCGCUCCCGUCUCACCCUCCAAGGACACUCCUCGAACAGGAAGAAAAAAGCCGACCAAUCUCACAAUCAGGACCCCCGGCUUUCAACAGCUAACCUUUAACCGAGCAUUGGAUGUGCCUCCAACGCCCAGCUCUCGACCGUCGUUACAUCAUAUGGCGUCUUCACCGGCUCUCGCCUCCCUAGCUUCCCCUACAAAACCUCCCCCUGGGGGGCUGUUCCUGCAUUUACCCGCCUCUGGCACUGUUAUGUCCGGGUCUGGGUUGGAAUCAAGCAAUGCAGUUCAGUCUGUCAACCCUCAGCUUCCAGAGUUGAAAGAAGAGGACGAAUUCCACCAGCAAAAAUCACAAGAAACUCAAGAAAGGGGAUACCCGAGGGGACCUGUCCUGAUAUACGACAGCGGAGUUUAUCUGUACUUGGAGCCGACGGCACAAGAGGCAAGCCAGUUCGACAUGGUCAUAAAUGUUGCCAAGGAAAUUAAAGUCCCUUUUGAUUUGGGACAUCCAAAGCUCGAGAUGGAACCCCAGACCGCCAUUUCGGAAAUGUCAUUCAAGUCGGCUUGGGAGUGGCCUCGACCCAACGAGACUCCAACACCCACCACACCUCGGCCAAACUCGUUCGCUCAGCGCCCACAACCCGAAUACUUACAUGUACCAUGGGAUCAUAAUUCGGAGAUAUUGGAGGAUCUGUACUGCCUAUGUCGACUAAUUGAUGAAAGAAUACAAGCGGGUAAAAAGGUCUUGAUACACUGCCAAUUAGGAGUCAGUCGGUCAGCCUCACUGGUCAUCGCGUACGGCCUGUAUAAAGGCUACCAGCCGGAUUUCCACUCGAUGUAUAUGGCGGUGAAGCAACGGAGUGAAUGGGUCGGACCCAAUAUGAGCUUGAUCUAUCAACUGACGGACUUUCGGUCAAAAGUUGUCAAAGGAGUCUAUGGCGAUCACUGCAACAACCCCAAAGCGAGCUGGUGGAAGAUACCAUCGUCGGGCUCUCCUCUGAUGGACACACCAGUCGCGAAGCAAUCUUCCUGGCUCGGUGACCCGGCACCGGCUCAGAUGGGUGCUUUUGCCACGGACCCUUAUGAGAAAGCACCCCCGCCGCUGAGACUUGACAAGGCCCUUCCUCCAGUGCCACUGUUUCCCAGGAAUGAACGAGCAGAUUCGAUAGCUACGCCAGCCAAGUUGAGCCAGAUUCUGGGAAGUAUUGCUAGGCAAUCGCCCGAGACCACGAAAUUGCCAGACCCAGAGCCCGCAGCGGAAUCGCGCAGUCCUCCACGUCCUCAGAGCCCUCCACAGAGUGUGUCGCCCAGACCACUGCCAUUCCGCGAAAAGUUCGACUCGCUACCUCCCCAGCCACUCUCCAAUCCCUCCAAAACACCCAGAUUAGGGGUUGUGACCAGCUCGCCCAGGAUGGAUCCCACCACAGAAGCAGACGAGGGUUCCUCGCUCUUGUCGCCGAGGGCCACAGAAUUUAUGGUGUCCCCAUUUGGCAUCACGACCACAGCAGACCUGACCGUGAUUAAUGGCAGUGGUAAGAACGUUACACGAGGAGUUUUGCUGCCACGGCAGAUACAACAGCCGGCAUCAUACGCAGUCGCGAGUCAGAUUCCAGCACCAUUUGACCCUAGGAGUCCUCACCAACAAGGUGAAGCACCCGAGAUAUUUCGGAACAUUGAUGACUUCUUGUGA